UGUCGCCAUUAGAGUCUCACACUUGGACUUGAACUAACUUCACUCUGCAUUCAUUCGUUAAUUCCAAACCCUAGCGCCCUUUUUCUCUUUCUCUCUCUAGAUCCCGGCCGAUCACUUUCUGCGACGUCUCUCCGGUCUCCGGCGUUUUCUAAGUGCUUUGCAUGACCUCUAGUGGCAAACUUCAUGGCCUCUGCCUGCGUCAAUAACAAUAUCAGCGUCUCGCCGGAGAGCUUCCCCUCGUACGGAUGGCUGAGCCCAGGGCGGAGUCCGGGGAUGUCGUUUAGUCGGGAUGAGGAACAACGGUCAUCUUCUUUGAAAGAACCGUCGUUGCUGGCUGAAGACGAGACGGAGAUUCAAGAUCCGGUUGAUUUCGAGUUCAGGUUAGAAGAUCCGGUGACAAUGCUCCCUGCCGAUGAGCUUUUCUCCAAUGGAAAGCUCGUGCCGCUCCACGUAGCUGCUCUCAAACCGUCUUCAGCCACCACUGGGUCAACCAACGAGUCGACAAAGCCGUGCAUGGACCCUUACUUGUUCUCACCAAAAGCUCCCAGGUGUUCAAGUCGCUGGAAGGAGUUAUUAGGCUUGAAAAAACUGUACCAAAACUCGAAAUCUGAAAAUCACGCCAAAACGAUGUCGUCUAAUCCUCCUCCAAAAUCUUCAAUAAAACAUUUCCUUCAUCGGAACUCCAAAUCUUCUUCCUCCUCCCCCUCUUCCGCCUCAUCUUCUUUGGAAUCAUCUCUCAGUCUUCCUUUGCUUAAAGACUUGUCGGAUAGCGAAACCGUUUCGCUAUCUUCGUCUCGCUUGUCGCUUUCAUCGUCGUCGUCGAGUCACGAGCACGAGGAACUUCCGAGACUCUCACUCGAAUCGGAUAAACCCGGUUUGAAUCCGAGUCCGAACCCAUUUGCGAAUCCUUCUAGAAUGAGGAUCGUCAAACAUAGAGAUAAUAAUAAUCAACAUCAGAAUACAAAUACAACAAUCGUCUCACAUGCCGGAAGGAGUCCAAUGCGGAGAGAAACCGCGGCUGCUGCUUGUAGAGGAGUCUCGGUCGACAGUCCGAGAUUGAAUUCUUCCGGGAAAAUAGUGUUCCAGAGCUUGGAGAGAAGCUCGAGUAGUCCGAGUAGCUUAAAUGGCGGGCCGAGAUUCAAACACAGAGGCAUGGAGAGAUCUUACUCGGCUAAUGUUAGAAUCACUCCGGUUCUAAACGUUCCGGUUUGUUCUCUCAGAGGGUCUUCAAAGUCUGGUUCGGUUUUUGGAUUCGGUCAGUUGUUUUCUUCGCAGCAUAAAAGUGGAAAUGGCGGUCGACAGCAGAGUAAUAGUAGGAACCGGACUGAUCGAACUUGACUGAAUCAUUAGAAGAAAUGAAGAAGAGGGUAACAAAUUAAUUCUGUCUUUCUUUUUAUUUUAAUUUCGGGAAUUCAUCAUUGUGUUGUGUGUUUUUGUUUAAAUUUAGAAGCAAACAAUUCCACAUGGCAUUGUUAAUGGGGGUUCAUUUGCUUUCGUUUCCUUUUUGUUAUUGUUUUUCAUUUAACAUAUUGUAGAUGUAAAUAUAAUGAUGCUGAUCCUAUUGUUCUUCUUGUUCAAAUCUUCCCUAACUUUGGAUGAAUGCUGAGGAGGUGGGCCUGUAGGCUCUGUUUUCGUUUUUGGUAA